AUGGAAGGACGAAGGAGUACGAUUCAUCACAAACACGGAGAUCUGGGGCAAAGAUGUUCCGGCCGAGUUUCUUCUGAAGGGCGCCAACCGAGAGGGCCUUCGACAUCUUACCGCAACCCCAGGAGCUUCGCAAGCCAGAAAACCCGUGAGGGCCAGAGUGGCCACCUACUUUCCGUAUCGAUUACGGUCAUGAUGAAGCGGCUAUCAAAGCGGGCAAAGACCCCAGGACAUAUUCCGUUCCCGACCAAGCGCUUCAUUACUGAAGUCAACGCGAAUGGUGUCAAGAUUGUGACUGGAUUGGAAGUAGUCGAGAUCGAGUGGGAAAAGGAUGCGAAGGGUGCUUGGAAAAUGGUGGAAAAGCCUGUGACAACCUGGGUUGAGCCUGUGGACAUGGUCAUCCUCGCCAUGGGCUUCACUUCAGCCCCGAGCAGCCGGCUCCAACUCUACGACUUGAAUGAUGCCAUCUACAAAACGAAUGUGGAGAAGGUAUUUUCCGCCGGUGAUAGCCGCCGCGGUCAAUCCCUUGUCGUCUGGGCCAUCCACGAAGGGCGUCAAGCUCGCUCGACAGGAUGCGGGCGUGCGGUACUAAAAUAUUUAAUGAAGCGAGACGAUAAGGGGAAAGGGCUGGUAGGCCGUAGCACUGCUCAGCCCCGGAUCAGUGCCACACAACGGCUCCUCAAGAAAGAUGUGGUUCCUGGGCGUCGCACUAUUCGUAGCGAGCGCCACGGCCCAAUUCCGGCCGCCAGACUUCCAGGCUUGCGAUGGUGUCCGACUCAACUCGGUCCAAGCAUCGUUCAA